AUGAAGAAGAAUUCCACAAGUUUGAGAGUACGGCUUCCAGUGCUGGUAUUUGCACUGGAAGUCUUGGUUGUGGUCCUGUACUCAGUUUUUGUGACGUAUGAUGACCAGACCAAUGCACUGCUACAAAACAAUAAGACACAGCCUUUGGAGAAUACUGUGUACCAAGAUUAUCCUUUUUUUGCUGACAUCCAGGUCAUGAUCUUCAUUGGUUUUGGCUGCCUCCUGGCCUUCUUUCGUCGCUACGGUUUUGGUGGAAUGGUGUUCAACUUCCUGACUGCUACAUUUGCAAUUCAGUGGGCCAUUUUGGUCCAGGGCUUCUUCCAUUUCUAUUAUGAUGGCCAGAUUCACCUGGGAGUGAUCAACCUCAUAAAUGCAGAAUUUGCUUGUGCAGUGGUACUGAUCUCAUUUGGGGCAGUGCUGGGGAAGACCAGUCCUGUACAGCUUUUAGUCAUGGCCUUGCUGGAGGUGCCUGUGUUCGGAGUUACAGAAUGGAUUGUUGUUGAGCACCUGAAAAUCAACGAUGCUGGUGGCUCAAUUCUUAUCCACCUGUUUGCCUGCUACUUUGGUCUCGGUGUCACCUUUAUCCUGUAUAGACCAAGUCUGAACGAGGGCCAUUCCAAAGAAGGUACUACCUACCAGUCUGAUCUACUGUCUGUACUAGGUACCCUGUUCCUUUGGGUAUUCUGGCCUUCAUUCAACUGUGCACUGACCUUGAGGGGGGAUGACCAGCACCGUGCCAUUCUCCACACUUUCAUAGGUCUGAGCGCAUCCACACUUACUGCUUUCGCCCUCUCAGCCUUGCUCAGCAAAAAUGGCAAGCUCAGCAUGGCCGACGUCCAGAACGUCACCUUGGCCGGAGGGGUUACCGUCGGUGCCUCAGUUGACAUGAUGAUCUCACCUGCUGUUGCUUAUGUGCUUGGGAUGCUGGGCUGCACGGCUUGCAUGCUGGGAUAUAAGUACCUCAGUCCAUUCCUGGCACGAAGACUGCGCCUUCAGGACCAGUGUGGCAUCCACAACCUCCAUGGACUAACGGGACUCAUUUCAACCAUAGCUGGCAUUUGUGCAAUCUUGCUGGCCAGUGAGGAAACGUAUGGCCCCAGCCUCUACCAGACCUUUUCUUAUCGUGCACCCCAACAAGGAGAUCCUCAGUUAGGGGAACUCCAGAAGUUGAUCCCAGGACUGGAGGCUGGUCUAGGCCGCACUGCUAAGGAACAAGCUUUGUAUCAAGUGGUGGCACUGGGAAGCACCAUUAGUAUUUCUGCAGUCGGAGGUGUGCUGACAGGCUUGGUGCUCAAGCUGCCAUAUCUUGCCUCACCAACUGAUGAGUUCUGCUUUGAUGAUGAGCUUUUCUUUAAUGUUCCUCUAGAUGAAGAUCAAGCAUCUGAAUCGCAGGAACCGAGGUGCUCAGAGACACAAAUCACCAAUCACCAAUACAUAUUACAGUCCAAGCCGGCUGAUGAUGUCAUAACAUCAUGA